AUGCUUAUGCAAACAUUUACCCAAACAAAUCGCUCGAUUGGAGUGCGGAUAGCGUUACCAUCGGGAAAUGUUGUGAAUUUCUUGGCCGCACACCUCGAUUACAAAUCAUUUGGACCUUAUGCAGCAUAUAACAAAAUGGUAACAUCACUUGACCAAAUAAUGAUCGGAGAAGAACCAACACAUAGACUGGGUAGAGCACAAAAUAUGGAAGAAAUACGUUUACAUCCGAAAAUCGGUCAAUGGUUGAACAAAAGCGAUGUGGUUCCCGUGAUACUUGCCGGCGACUUCAACUCACCAUCACAUCUCGAUUGGACGAAUGAAACUAGUCUCAACCAUGGGGAUUGGAUAAUAGAGUGGCCAGCAACAAAAAUUGCUGAGGAGAUGGGCUUGAGUGAUUCGUUUCGUGAAGUUCACCCGAACGUAACAGAAGUACCAGGACACACAUGGUCCACAGUGAACAAAUUUAUACCCGAUUGGGAAUUUCAAAUCCCAGAACCUCAGGAUCGGAUCGAUUUUAUCUUCUACAAAGGUAAUAUAGUUCCCACCGAGUCUUUUUUGUAUUCGGGAGCGGAACCGAUCGUGGCAAUGCCGAAUCACAAGGAUAACGAUUAUCCAUCGGACCACUAUGCUCUUAUUACUGAAUUUGAAUUUGUUACUGUACCAUUUUGCCAAGAAUGGUUGUGCGUUGCAACCUCAAGAGCGAUAACGGUUCCCGUCGAGACAAAAGGCGGACGACCGUUACUGGUUUGGAGUGCUCAUUUCAACUACAAAAUGUUUGGCCCAUUAGCCGCUCAAAUCAAGACGGUGAACUCGUUGGACCAAUUGAUGAAAGCGGAGCUCCAAUCUGGAAGAGUGAAAAAUGCACGUGAAAUUCUCGACCAUCCAUUGGUUAAUGAAUGGCAACGACAGAAACUUCCUGUCAUCGUAGCUGGUGAUCUGAACACCCCAUCGCAUCUUGAUUGGAUUGAAUCGACGAGGAAACAACAUGGCGGAUGGAUAGUGAAAUGGCCAGUUACUAAACAAUUUGAGGAAGCAGGUUUUCAUGACGCCUACAGAACUUUGCAUCCAGAUGCUAAUGCACAUCCAGGUCACACCUGGUCCCCUAUUCAAAGAUUUAGCAAAGACUGGGAGUACAGAUUCAUUCCCGAGCCGCAAGACCGACUCGACUACGUGUUUCUUUCGGGUCCCAUCCGACCCAUUAAUGCAACAUUGUACUGUGGCACAAAGCCUCUAACAGAUAUCUCAAUGGAUGGAAAAUACAAACGGAACGAUUAUCCUUCUGAUCAUUAUGCUCUCAUUGUAGAAUUGGUGAUGUAG